AUGAGUUCGGGGGAGAAAGGGCGUAUGUUAAACGUUCCUCGUCGUAAGACGGAUGAGUAUUACCGAUACAAAAUGCCCGACCUUGUUGAGAAGAUAGAGGGUAAAGGGAAUGGUAUAAAGACAGUUAUAGUGAAUUGUGAGGAUAUAGCAAAGGCGCUUGCACGGCCGGCCUCGUACAUCUGCCGAUAUUUUGGGCAAACCCUAGCUGCUGCUUCCAACACAGAUUCUGGUAAAUAUGUCAUCAAUGGUAAGCACGAGUACAAAGACUUGAUGACUGCAUUAGACAAAUUCAUCGACAAGUUUGUUCUAUGCAGGAAAUGUGAGAACCCGGAGACGGUGAUGAUAGUCAAAAACAAAACCCUAACCCUCCACUGUAAAGCGUGUGGUGAGUUGACUGAGGUCCCCAAAAACGAGAAGUUGUUGAAGUUUAUAUUUAUGCAUCCUCCAAAACACGACGACAGAAAAGACGAGGAGGGUGAAGAGGAAACGCAACAAAACGUCGAAGAGGACAAACGCAAACAAUACGAAACAAACAAAGUGGUCAUCACUUUACACAAAAAAGAGGGGGACCCCGAAGUGAUUGAAAUCCUUGGGAAGGAUUUGGACCUUGAAACCAUUGUUCUUGGAAACACAGGAAACAGACUGAAUGCUAUGCUAACUGCUUAUAAGCAGUGCUUUAGACUCUCGAACAAAUCUUUAAUCAAGGAGAUGUUUGAUACUGUCUUCGAUAAGGACAUCUUCGACACCUUCACUGACAAAAUCGACGUAUUCGACUUGUACUUGUCCGACGAGCUCAACGAGAAGGGGAUGAUCACGUUCUUAGAAGAGUUCAAUAUCGCUUGCGCGAAGUAUGACUUAUACACCAACGAGAAAUUGCCAAACGUCUUACUUUACUUGUAUAGAGGUGGGUAUGUGACGAAAAAGGCGUUACAAGAAUGGUACGAUGGCGGACCCGUCCAGAUGUCGCCGAUGAAACAAAAAGCAAAAGGGUUCAUGGAGUGGGUCAGUGACAGAAAUGAAGAUGAAGACCAGAGUGUUGAGGAAGAGCAGCAAGACACUGAUGAGGAGGAAGACGAGCAAUAA